AUGGCGACUCCUCAAACCACCAAGAAAGUCCCCAAGGACUUCUUUUCCCUCUCACCAGAACUCCGCAACAUGGUAUACCGGCUCGUCCUCGAGGACGACAAGAAAGACAUUCCCGGUGACAACCGCGCAGCAGUCAUGGAUGAAGAAGACCACUUCUCCGUGGACUGGCGCAGCCUGAAGCAGACCAAGCUUCCCGCAAUCUGCCAAGUCCACAGCCAAGUCAAACACGAGGCCCUCGGUCUGCUCUUCUCCGACUACCUCCCAGCAAUGAACGUGUUUCGGUUUGGUGGAGGGAGUACGACUUUGACUGCUUCACGUCGUGGUUGGAUCUCUUCGGCAAGAGUAUCGUGCCUCACUUGCGUCGUUCAGAGAGAGGAGGUCCACGCAAAGAGCGCAAGUGUGGAUGGGGUCGCCGUUGCAAUCACACAUAUCCAUGGCCAAGUGGUGGGCGAGAAUGUCGCUGCCUGGGUCGAGUACGCAGCUGUGGAGAUUCUCGCCAAGCUGGAAGAGCUUCUCCCAAACCCUGACCACCGCCGCCUGUCCGUCAAGAAACUUAAGGGAUUCGCGAAGUUCUGUGUCAAGAACUUGGAGCGCGGAGACGAUGAUAGUGAUGAUGGAGGAGAGAGCGACGAGGAGACCGAGGAAGAGACCGAGGAAGGAGGAGCAGAUGAGAUGGGAACAUAA